AUGGCAUCCAAAACUGUUUUUGUCACCGGAGCCAACGGAUACAUCGGCAAUGCCGUCGCCCGCGCUUUCGUGGCCGCUGGAUGGACGACUUACGGCCUCGUCCGAUCGCUCUCCGCGGCAACAGCUCUGGCGCAAGAAGAGAUCAUCCCGAUUAUCGGCGCCAUCGAUGAUCUGUCCGCCCACGCCAACAUCCAGAGCCAUCUACCCGCCACUCUCGACGCAGUCGUUUCGGUGACGGAAAACGUCCUAGAUUACAUCCCCCACUACCAAAACACCGUCCAACUGCUCCGCGCCAUAGGCACCGCCAGCUCCGCCGCCGGCAAGAAACCCCUCACCAUCUUCACCUCCGGCUGCAAGGAUUACGGCAUCGGCCCGCACUACCACGGAGCUCCGGGUCUCGCCCCGCACACGGAGGAGUCUCCCCUCAACCCCAUCCCGUUCCUGGCCAACCGAACGACCUAUGCGAAGAAGAUCCUCGAUCACACGGAUGCCUUCGCUCCGGUCCUCGUCAGACCUACCAACGUCUAUGGUCGCAGUUCGAGCUUCUACAAGGCCUUCUUCGACGUUGCUGCUAAGGCAGCUGCCGAGGGCAAGCCGCUGCUGCUCCCUGUCUCUCCGGACACCAUCAUUCACGCGCUGCAUGUCGACGACUGCGGCGAAGCUUAUGUCGCCAUUGCUUCGCAUCCAAACAUAGAAGAGAUCGAAGGACAGACCUUCAACAUUUCUGCGCAGACGUAUGAGACUGUCGACAAGAUUGCAGACGCUCUUGUCAAAGAGUAUGACAUCAAAGCAGGGAAGAAAUACGUCGACGCUUCUGACCUGAAGGAAGGGGAGAACCCGUGGCCUCCGGGAAUCAUUGACUUCCCGCAAUGGACGGAUUCUUCGAAGCUCACCAACCUGACUGGGUGGAAACAUCACAGACCUUUGUUUGCGGAAAACCUCCACGUUUACCGCAUUGCAUGCGACGCUGCCAAGGUCGCAGGUCACGAGGGUAUCAAGAGAAUCGACGGAUAUUUGGAAGCUUGGACUAAGCCCCAGGGGAAAUAG